GCUAGUGUGGACAUCAAGGGGUUGGCUGUGAGCACAGAGAUUUCAACAAAUACAGGGCCAGGAAUUGGAGACAGGUUAGGCAGAAUUACAUGUACAUACAGUCACACCCAGGUGAUAUAAUACGUAAGAUGUGAAUCACAGGAUCUGUAAAGUGAUUGGUCAAAAUGAGGAUCUCAUUACAAUAGGCGGGUGGUGGUUAUAUUAUAGACAGUGAAACAGAAACCUAACCAAAUUAAAAUGAACGAGCUGACAGGCGAAAACACAACCUUGAAAAAGACUAAAGAAGAUAGUAAACCUGGCGAAAACAUUAUUAGUUACUCUUUAUGUUCUCCACCUACGAGCGGGAAGACCAGCAACCAAAGGAACUUUAAAAACAAUGAUGAAUUAUUAUCUAUACUAAAUACAAAAAAUGAAUAUUACAAAAAAUAUAUAUAUUCUGACAAACAAUUCGCUUUUGCAAAGAUUAUGCAUCCAGUUUCUAAAGAAAUUCAUGAUAUAGGAAUUUUUGAACCUCAGAAAGAAACAAAUUUGGGCAAGAAAAAAAUUAGAAUGAUACAUAGUGAAAAAUUACUUACUACUGAAAUUGACAAUUUUUUAGAAAAAAGUAACGAAUUUCAACAUACAAAACUUUUCAUCUAUACACUAAACUCUCCUUGUUUGCAAGAUAAAGAUUGUGAGUCAUGCAUGGAUCUACUUACAAAACAGGCAAAAGAAUGGAACAAACUAUAUUCUAUUGAAACAAUUGUUGUAUUCAGCAAAUGGUAUGGUAAGACUGGAUUUUCAACAAGAACUAUAAAGCAAUUAAACUUAAAUUUAAAUUUAAUAAUCAAUAGUACUAAUUAUGAGAUGUAUAAAGAGCAAUUGAAUUGCCAAUCUAUUUCAUUAGAAAUGUUCAAAAUAAUCAAACAUGCAAUUGCACCCUUGUUAGACAGCAAUGGAGAAGUACAUUUCAAAUUAUCAAAAUCUGCUCAGAAUCAGUUAACAAAAAGGAUGAAAAAUAAUAGUUUUAAUUUCAAUGGAACUCUAAAAGAAUUUAAAAAGGUUAUUACGUCUGGAGCUCAAGAUUACUUUGCCUCGUUAAAAAAUAUACCACCUGGUAAAGAUUUUCAACAAAAUAAAGUAAAACAAUGUAAAGAAUUGGAUAAAAUAUUGGAGAAAGACUUAAAUACCUUUCUGGAAAUAGAAAUUACUGAAGCCAUCAAUGAAAACGAUGUUUGCGAUUACAUAAAAAAACACCAUGUAGAAUGUUUAUCAUUUUUUUUUAUUACCUAACUUUGACAAUUAUCUUAUUUUUUUUUAAUAUUAGUAUUUUCAUUAUACUAAUAAUAUCUUAUAUUUAUUAUAAUUAUAUAAUAGCAUGAAUUAUAAAUGAUAGAACGUACCCAUAGAUAGACAACACAUAGAACAGGCAAAAAGUACUGGCACACUCCGCAUUGACUGGGAAAGGGUAUGGGAGCUGAACACGCAGCAACCUAGACCCAGCUACUGUCGGAGAUCGUACAUAUUGACCCAGUAUCUCUUUAGGAUUCAGACUGUCCCUAACAGUCUACACUUUCUCAGAAUAAGAGAAAGGAGAGUUUUAAAUGUCAUCAAUAGAACCAAGCUUGGCAUUGACCGGGAUUAAACAUUUUUACGUUUUAAUGGGUUAUGCCCUUUUUGCAGCCUAUGCAGCAUUCAUAACAACUUGUAAACAUUGAUCAUAUCUCUGGGGAUAUCUCUAGAGAUCCCCAGGUGAGCUUCAAUGCGUAGUUAUGUGUUGGUUUAAAAAGAAAAGUGGAAAGAUUGGAGUUAGUUACAUAUAAAGCCCUUUAUAUUUAACCUUGUAUUUUGCGAGAUUCCAUCUUUGUUUCCCACAAUGUUGGAGUUCUGAGUCCAUCAUCAGAAAUUGUCCAAUGGAGGGGUACCUGGCACCUAUGACAAUGACCAUUCCAAAGCCAAAGCCAAGUCCAGACCUAUGAGAGACUAUGAAUUGGUCAUUGGUCAACACAACACUGCUAUUACCAUCCCUAACCAAACCAGCCAGUUUCUAAAGAAAUUUAUGAUGUAGGAAUAUUUGAACCUCAGAAGGAAACAAAUUUGGGCAAGAAAAAAAAUUAGAAGGAUACAUAGUGAAAAAUUACUUACUACUGAAGUUGACAAUUUUUGGGCCAGCCAUUCAAGGCUGGCCCAUAGUCAGCAUCCAUCUCAGCCAGAGGAGCUGAACUUUAUGCACUGACAGAGGCCUGUAGAAGAGAGGAAGAGUUUGGAGGGCGGGUUUGCAUCAGCUACCAACCAGCAGCCAUUCGACCUGGACACGACGAAAUCAGAGAACAGAGGGAAGUUGUAUUUUAAUUACUGUUGUUUUGUAAUUACACUGGUGAUAUUUAUUCCUGGCAUUUAGUAAUGGUGCCACCAUCUCUUUAAUAGUUGAAUAUUGAGGCAAGAUAUUAAGAUAUUCCAGUUUGGGAGUAUUGAGAUAUUCCACUACUGUUAUUUGCUUCUUGGGGUAAGGCCUUUACACAUCAGAGCGAAAUUAAUAAACGAGACAAAAGAGAUGAAAAAAUUUAUAAACAAGACGGAAAAUUUCCAGGAGAAAUGCGCAUAUUCAGUUACCGCCUUUCAAGAGCCCGUCACAUAUCAGAAAAUGCCUUUGGCAUUUUUACCCAGCCCUGGAGAGUGUACCAGCGUCGAACGCAGGUCUGUCCAGACACAGCUGACGGGAUCAUCAAAGCCGGCUGCGUCCUCUGCAACUACUUGCGGGCAGAAGCUCGUCACCAGGGGGAGGAGGAUAUGAGCAGAGAUGAAGUUGAAGAUGAGGGCGUGCUAGGCCCCAUCAGAAGCCUUCAGGGAAAUAGGGCAUCGGCAGAGUUGAUGAGGGCGUGCUAGGCCCUACCAGAAGACUUCAGGGAAACUGAGCAUCGGCGUUGAGGAUGAGGGCGUGCUAGGCCCAAUCUGAAACCUUCAGGAAAACAGGGCAUCCACAGAGGCGUUGAGGAUGAGCUAGGCCCCAUCAGAAGCCUUCAGGGAAACAGUGCAUCGGCAGAGGUGUUGAAGAUGAGUUGAGGAUGAGGGCGUGCUAGGCCCCAUCAGAAGCCUUCAGGGAAACAGGGCAUCGGCAGAGGAGUUGAUGAUGAGGGUGUGCUAGGUCCUAUCAGAAGACUUCAGGAAAACUGAGCAUCGGCAGAGGUGUUUUGAGGAUGAGUUGAGUAUGAAGGCGUGCUAGGCCCAAUCUGAAACCUUCAGGAAAACAGGGCAUCCAAAGAGGCGUUGAGGAUGAGCUAGACCCCAUCAGAAGACUUCAGGGAAACAGGGCAUCGGCAGAGGUGUUGAGGAUGAGUUGAGGAUGAGGGCGUGCUAGGCCCAAUCAGAAACCUUCAGGAAAACAGGGCAUCCACAGAGGUGUUGAGGAUGAGUUAAGGAUGAGGGUGUGCUAGGCCCCAUCAGAAGACUUCAGGGAAACAGGGCAUCGGCAGAGGUGUUGAGGAUGAGGGCGUGCUAGGCCCAAUCUGAAACCUUCAGGAAAACAGGGCAUCCACAGAGGGGUUGAGGAUGAGCUAGGCCCCAUCAGAAGACUUCAGGGAAACAGGGCAUCGGCAGAGGUGUUGAGGAUGAGGGUGUGCGAGGCCCUAUCAGAAGACUUCAGGGAAACAGGGCAUCGGCAGAGGUGUCUUUGCAAAUUCGUCUCGGCAGAGACCUCCAGUUAGGGGUUUUGCAUGUGCCACCACAAUCACCACUUCCAUCUGCACCGGAGUUGGAGUCAGUGCCAUGUGAUGGUGGGAGAAGAGGCCUUCCCCGUAAAAACUUACCUCCUCCGACCAUAUCCUGGACGGCAAUUCCGGUUGAAAUGCGCAUAUUCAAUUACCGCCUGUCAAGAGCUUGUAAUAAAACAAUGUUUAUUCUAACACCCAGUUUUUUUGUCUUGUUUUUACAAAUAUACAUGACUAAAACCUUAUAAAUGACGAUUGACAAUGCAACACGACACCAGCAAGACAUUUUGCAAUUUGCAUUGUUUAUUUUCAAAAAAUGUGAUAAUUUCCCAACAGCACAACAAAAUUGUAGUUAUACAAUAGAUAGACAGAUUUACCAUCAUGGGUUAGGCUACAUAGCAUUUGUACUUAGAAACUGGUAUAAUUAGUUGUUUGGUAAAUCUGUUGCUGUAAUGCUUCUAGUUGGUGUCGUGUUGGCAAGGAACCAGGCGCAGGCAUAUAUCACAUUCGUGGGUUUAAUAACCAUACAAACAAACCGAACACGAACGGAAAACUCUACAAACAACUGAAUGAAAUAAAAGUGCGCAACAUGCAUCUUUAUAGGCAAUUUUCAGACAGUA